AUGUUUCGGCUACGGAUCCCUCCACAAUAAAAACGCGAAUUAAACGGGAGCGCAUUUGCGCAACACGCUCCAUGAUUGUGUUUAGUAUUUUCAAGAUAUUUGGAGGAAAUAGGUCGGGGCUGGUGUUGUUUUCGUGGGAGGAAAACGGUUGAGGAUAUGUUGGGAGAUGAGGAUUGAUUUGUUUCACCUUACUAGGAAGUGAGCGCUGUGUCCGGGAAGGGGAGGGACUCCGACGACAAGUCUGGGGCGCUGCUGUGCUACUUACAAGGCUGCACCAGUGCAACGUUUUUAAGCCUAAAUACAGGAUUCGGUGCUUCUUGUUUAUUUCUACUUAAGUAACCGAGAGUCCCGCUUCAAAGAAUCGCGGUUUUGAUUUUUGUUUAACAGCGCGUUUAGCACGCCUGUGCCCGGCCCGGCCUGCACGCUGUGUGCAUGUGCAAAGGGUGGGAGAAGCCUAUAGCGCAGGCUGAAGGCAGUCGGGCUUGUUACUGGCACAAACGUACGUCAAGUUGUCCGUGAACUUUGUCACAUUUCGGAGCCAUGUUGAGCCCGCUGUUGGUGAGAAACUGCAAGAGAGCGAUAUCGGUAAUCGGCGGGGGGCGCAGAGGCACCGACGCACUUUCAGGAGUUCACCCGACUGCGCGGCGCUUCAUCAUAGAUAUGUCCUACUCAGCGCACUUCAUGGAUUUUAAAGGAUCCUCCAUACCGAGCAGCAUGAAAAAGCUGGUCGUAAACAAGCUUAGUCCUAAUUUCAGAGAGGCCGUUUCUAUGCAAACCGCUGCGGUUCCGACACCCGGAGACGCGGACUUGCUCGUCAGAAAUCGUUUUGUGGGAAUCAACGCCUCUGAUAUUAACUACUCUGCAGGCCGCUACGACCCCUCGGUGAAGCCCCCCUUCGAUGCCGGAUUCGAGGGUAUUGGUGAGGUUGUUGGCCUUGGCCUUAGCGCCAGCUCCCGUUACACCAUCGGGGACACUGUGGCCUACUUCGGCAGCGGUGCGUUUGCUGAGUAUACGGUGGUGCCAGCCAAGGAAAGUGUGCCUGUCCCCGCAGUGAAGGCAGAGUUCCUCACCCUGCUGGUCAGUGGCGCCACAGCCUACAUCGCCUUGAAACGUCUGGGGGACCUGGCCAAAGGUGAGACGGUCCUGGUCACGGCGGCUGCAGGAGGAACGGGACAGUUUGCCGUGCAGUUUGCCAAACAGGCCGGUUGUCACGUGAUUGGGACCUGCUCAUCCGAUGAGAAAGCCGGCUUCCUUAAAUCCAUUGGCUGUGACAGGCCGAUCAACUACACCACGGAAGACCUGGCAAAGACGCUGAGGAAAGAGUACCCAGAAGGCAUAGAUGUGGUGUAUGAGUCAGUUGGAGGCAGCGUCUUAGAACUUGCAGUGAACAGUUUGGCCAACAAGGGCCGGCUGAUAGUGAUUGGCUUCAUCUCAGGGUACCAGACCUCAUCAGGAAUCCCGCCCUUCAGAGGGGGAACACUACCAGUCAAGCUGCUGCAGAAGUCGGCCAGCAUUCGGGGUUUCUUCCUGCCCCACUUCCUCAGUGACUACAGGGAAGCUCUGGGUAGCAUGAUGCAGAUGUUUGCCAAAGGGAAGCUAGUGUGUGAGGUGGAUGGUGGGGAGAUGGCAGAGGAGGGGAGGUUUGUAGGCCUGGAGUCAGUCUUCCGGGCUGUGGACUACAUGUAUGCUGGGAAAAACCUGGGCAAGGUGGUGGUGGAUGUGGCACCACCCUCUGUUAGUAAUAGUAAGCUGUGAUCUAACUGAUUGUUAAUGCACAAAAAAAAAAAAUCAUACUUGAAUUCAAAUGAUCAAAAUGUAGGACUAAUAAUUUAAAAUACAGAUUAUGUUCUUUAUUUUUGUAAGAUGAUUGAUAUAGCACUAUAAGUAAAUGGUUUUAUGAAUAAACAUAAUGAGCAACUUUAUUUUCUGCUAUCAUGGUUCUAGAAACUACAUGCAGUACAAAGGUAUAUUUUACUAUUAUUUAUGUGAGGAUUAAGGAGUCCCUCAUUUGUAAGACUGAAUUUAGGAUGAAAAAAUCUAAUAACUAUGCACUGAUGAUAAUAUUGCAUAAAUAUUCUGAUUAAAAAUCAGAAACUGUAGGCUCUGUAAUUUCACCCAGAAAGGAUGUUUUACAGUGUUUCCUAAUCUUAUGUUCCCACCUUCUGGUCCACCUCUGAAAUUAUUUUAGACCUGCUGCCAUAAUGCGCUUGCUUUUAGCACUCUCACGCACUUUAUCUACCAUAAAUGUUUUAUGAUAGACUUCAUUGUUUUUCUAAUAGGGGAUUACAUUGGUAUGUGCUUGUCAAAAGUGAGUGCUGCUCCAGGUGUGCUUGGUAUUUCAUUGCCUGUUUGUGGCUGACAGAAACGGCAUUCACACAAUCAAUCUUUCCAUUCACAUGCCCAGAAGCUGCACAUAAUAAAAAAAAUUAGUCCAGCUAACCAGGAGUUGGACUAGAAAAUGCCAUUACUUUCCCCCCACUGCAAGUAAAAAAAUCACUUAUAGUGAAUGUAUUGUGGAAUGCCCUUUGACAUUUUUUUUUUCAUUUCCAUUUUUUGUAUUUAAUUUAGUUUUGGAAACAAGAAAGAAAGCAGCACAACAUAUAGUAUGUUAAGGUGUUUAAUCGCACGGCAGCUCAUUUCCACGAAAUCGAAAGAUUAGACUUAAAAGAUAAGUGUUUGUUACAACUUUAAAAGCCUCAAUAGAUGGAAAGUUUCCAAAAUAUUACGGGAUUGGACAUUUUAGGAAAAAAAAAAAAAGCAAUAAGCAGAAAUGAGACACUGUAUGUUAAAGCCCUCCAUGUUGUAUUAAUGUGCUGUAUGUUGUGUAAAACAAACACCUGUUCCUACCUGGCAGGGAGGGCUAUAGUGUUCAUGCACUGUGAACAUGUUAUUUCCUCAUCCAGGUGGCCACUCAAAAUAUAACCCAGUGUGAAAUACGUUACAGGUGUGACCCCAGCAUGCAAAGCUGCUACCUUCACCAGACGGUGCAGGAAAUCAGAAACACACCAGGCCAAGGCCAUGUUGAAUCCAUAGUGUAGGUAGUCAGCGUUUGAAGUUUUAUAUCUUUCACAUACACUGUGUUUUUUAUAAGAGGUAGUUAUCCAAAUAAAAAUGAGUUGUGAUGAGUAUUAACCACAAACUAUAAAGAUUUCAAAGUAUCACUUUUUAAAUAAUUACUUACACACAACAACAAGAAAAUGAUUCAUUUAGAGAAUUACCUCUGGCCAUUAAUUUUUCUCACUUUUCAAUAUAUUUUAUUACCUUUUCCCUUAGUUUCCCUCCCAAUUUUUCAAGUCUGCUUAUAUCCACUAAACUUCUUAUUAGAAAGCCGUGCAAUGUUUUUGUUAAUAUGAUAUAGUGUCAUUGUUGUUAUUAGACAGACACAGAAACCACUCCCAGAAGUCACAUCUUUUCUUAAAUUAGGCUUCCCUUUCUUUCCUUUGUCUUUGUUAAAAUUAUCCUAACCCUUUAAAAUUUUGACUCACUGAGGUAAAGGUAUGGUACAUCUUAAAAUCAUCACAUCUGACCAUCAUCAAACACACACAUAUACAACCUUUAGCUUAUUACGCCAGUUUAAACUGUUGACACAUGAGAUUUUGAAUUAACUUGGUUUGAAUUAAAUUAGUAUCUUAAUUAAAGAAGAAAUUAAACUAACACUGAAAAUUGAGAUUAUCUGACUCACAAUCAUUAAAUAAUUGCAAUCACCUCUGUAACACCACUGUUUGGUCAGGCGUUAUGAUGCGAAAGCAAGCUCUUACAUGCCAGCCACACGAAAGGUGAGAGAUGUGAUGAUGCACGUGGACGUUUAGAUGAAUUUAGCAUGCUUGAGUACUGUGUGCAUCCAUGUUGCACAACGAGGAGGAGGCCAGGUUUAGCAUCUCUUCAAUUACCAGGAGAGGCCUCGUCUCGGCGUCCUCCAGGGCCUACCUGUACCUCCGCUGAUUAGUGAGCAGUCACAGCCCCAAUUAAAGAACACAGGAACCUGGAGAGACAACACUCUUUAUUUAAUUGGAUUGUGUUGCAGUCGGAGGCUGCUAACUGGCAACGUAUUGAAGCUGGAACUGUGUAGAGUAAACAAGACAUUAAAGAUAGAGAAGGUCUUCAGAAGCUUUGACAGACUUUUGUGUGAUUGUAAAACUUCGAAAACAUUUCUUAAUUCGUGGAAUUAUGCUAAGUGUCUCUCAUUUUAGUCAAGGGUUAGUACUUCUCCUCAGAAAGGGUCAUUAACACACCAGUUAAAUUUAGAUAGUUAUGUAUAUGGAAGUAAUAAAGGGUGGACUAAGUUUACUCUUUUUAACCUGAUGUAAAUGUGAAUGAUUUAAAUGCAGAGCAUAGAUUAUAACAAAUAUCAUAUUAAUAAGAUUUCACAGAAAGGAAAAAUGGUGAAUGUGCUGGUUUUCAUUUGAGAGUACAAUUUUUAUUUCCUUGUGAAUGGUUAUUUUAUAGUUAAUGUAAUUACCAAUUAAAUAGUGCUCCACGAAAUUUAUAAUUUUCUAAGAUUUGAUGAUAUUGGUGGCGAGACUAUGUAGCUUUUGAAAGAAGACUCUUCCUCUCGCAAAUUAAAAGUUAAACUCAUUAAACAAUUAAAACACACUCAAGUUGAUUCAAACACAUUAAGGUGUUUUGUUUCUACAGCCUGACUUGGUCUGUAAUGACCAGUAGCUUAUGGUCGCUAAUGUUAGCAAACUAAUGGGAGGUAUUGCUGUAUAUCUGACAUUGCUUUGUCAGUAUAGUUGUGCUACUGUUUCACUGUGUUAGUUAGGAUGUAAUUGUCAUUUGUGGCCAUAAUGGUUUCUACUCAGCAAAGGUUAAAUACUAUCGCUUUAAAUUGAAAAUGUCUUUUGGAUUUUGUAAAUUUGUAAAAAACAACAAAAAAACAACAACACACAACUAGAAAUCAAACUUUUUGAAAUCUCAACUUUUUGUCGCAUUUUAAUUUUUAAUUCAAGACCACAGUCAAGAUGUUUUUUUCAUUGUUGCACUUUAACAUUCAAGAUAGUGAAAUUCUCAAAAGGUCUCUUUCUCUGUUUUUUUUCCCCCCCACUAAACCCUCUUUUUCCAUAGUUUCCCAUCGUUGUAACAUGUGGCACAUAACAAAGACAUCACCCUCAUAGUGUAGAAUGGUAGUCUACCUCCAGGCGCCUAAGGGACACUGGCUGGCUGCUUGGUGCUGCCAGGAUCCAGACAGUCCAGUUUCUUUCUCUGCAAGUCAGUCAGACCCCCUCAACUCCCCAACUCCCCGAGCCCCCGUCACUCCUACCUCCGCCUAAUUACCAAACCUAAAACCCCACUCGACUAAUUAGCCACAGCAGACCCAGGAACUGUGAGUAAAGGUAAAGAGAUGGCUUCAUCCAGGAGUGUGUGCGUGUGUUAAAGAGAGGGAGAGUGAGAGAAAGAGACAAGAAGAAAGGGAAAUGGAAUAUUCCAGCCUCCUUUAGCGAGCACAUCUCUACAGCCAAUUAAAGUCAUUUAUUAAACUCUUUGCGAAACCUGAGUUGUGCAUGACAGAAUGAUAGGGGAAUGUGUUUGUUUGUGGGUGCGCAUGUGUUUCUGGAUAUUUAGAUGUGCGUAGGGGCUGCAGGCUCACACACACAAACACCCAUCCUCACACGUCCACAUGUGUCUCAGUAUGGCUGGCAAUCUGUCGGCUUUUCUGUCUAUCAGUGGCGCGAGAGCUCAGUGGGACAUAAAUUACAAUAUGCAGCAGAACCACUUGUGUAAGUCUCAAUGAAGGGGAGGAAUAACUUUCUUAAUCAAGUUCCCCUGAUUAAUUGUAAUAAAGGUGUCAUCCGUAAA